CACAGAACAGCUUCUGGGGAACUUUCCAUCUUCUUCUUUUCGUUUUGCUCCGUCUUGGGACCCAUCAAACUAACCAUGUCGUCCCUGCUGGAUAUCGCACGGGUUUUGAAAAUCACGGUGCAGGACCCUAUGGUCUAUUCGUUGUGGUGCACUAUUUUCACUGCGAUGAUCCUUUUGCCUUUGUUUAUUCCGUCAUUUCGGGUGCCUAAGCUGCCGGGUCUUCCAAUUGUUUUGGAGGAGGAAAUCCCGAACAAGAAGUUGAGGGUUGAGAAAUACCUGACAGAUACAAGAAAUCUCUUGGUAUAUGGGUAUAAGAAGUUCAAAGAUCAGAUCUUUGGGAUCACUACUACUGAAGGUACAACACUGGUUCUUCCUUUGAAGUUUCUCGAUGACCUCAAAGGCCACAAAUCAUUGAGCUUCACAGCUGUCUUGGAAGAAGAGUUCACGCUGAAGACCUACACCAAACUGGGUAACCUAACGGAUGCUCAAAUCAAAAUCGUCACCAAAGACCUAAACUCUACUCUCCCCCAAUACACGCCAGUGAUCCACGAACUGAUCCGCGAGCACUGGCCUGUUGGAAAUUUCACCAAUCCCACUCCAAUAAAACUCUACCCUCAAAUCAACGAACUAGUCUCCCGCGUCUGCGCCCGCUUCUUCCUUGGCGCACACGCAGCCAACGACCCCCGUUGGAUCAGCAUCGCACAGAUCUACAUCCAAUCCGCAUUCGAAUGGACUGGCAGCCUAAAAGCAUGGCCGAAAAGCCUCCGGCCCCUAGUGCACCCCUUCGUCCGAGGCCGCAACUCCAUGGUACAACAGUUCAACACCGGAAAAUCCAUCGUCGCCGAGACCCUCGCUAAGAAGAAGGAAAACGGGAACGAGCACCUCAGCAACCCGCCUUCUUUGCUUGAUCUGCUUACCUCUGGUGAGCUGGCAAGGGAUGUCGACAAUGUGGAGGGGAUGGCGAUCGUGCAGAUGAAUCUUUGCGUUGCAGCGAUUCAGAGUAUGGCAGCCCAGAUUAUGCAGUGCGUAAUUAACCUGUCGAUAUACGAUGAGUAUGUGCCGGGGUUAAGGGAGGAGGUUGAGAGCGCACUGAAUGCGUCGGGAGGGAAAAUGGAUCGAGCGGCGUUGCAGAAGCUGUGGAAAUUGGACAGCUUUAUGAAGGAGACGGGGAGGCAUGAUACGCUGGAUUUGAUGGGCUUUCAGCGCAAAGUCCAAGAACCAUUGACAAUGUCAAAUGGCAUGCACAUCCCCGUCGGUGCUCGCAUUGUCCUCCCUACCGGCGCCAUCAACAUGGAUUCCAACUACUACGACCACCCGGCUCAAUUCGACGGCCUCCGCUUCUACCGGCGGCGCAUUGCGAGCGAAACUGAGCAGAACAAACACCAGUUCGUUUCGGUUGGAAAGACCGAUUUGGCUUGGGGAUAUGGUAGACAUGCUUGUCCUGGUAGGUUUAUCGCUGAGGUCGCGAUGAAGCUGGUGUUGGUCGAGUUUUUGGUGAAGUAUGAGAUUGAGCCGCCAGUGGUGGGGGCGAGGCCGACGUAUGUGGAACACGAGGGUGUGAGUGCACCGGAUCCGGAGUGGGAGCUUCUUUUGACAAAUAGGAAGUCACGCACUUUCAGCCUCCCUCCCCAGAUCAACGUUGUUCCCGCUUGAUCAAGGUAUGAUUUGGCGUAAUACUGCAGGUUGGCCGGUCUUGUGUAAAAGAAGUGAUAGUGGAUUUUGUGGAGGAAUUUUUCUAGGAGUUAGAUGAUUAAAUUUCACUGUGUUUAUUAGAAUCUGUCUUUGUUGAUUCCGUAGAUAAUGAUGGGUUUAGUGUCUUUGUUACUAGACACCUUGGAAUUGGGGUUGGAUUUCGG